GCUUUUGACAGCCGUAGCUGCACGUGUCGCUCCAUCGCAUCCCUGGGAGAAAGGCUGGUGCCCGGAGGCGCAGAAAGAGCCCCCGUCACUGCCUGGGCAUCCCUCCCGGUCGCCAGCCCACCCAUUCCAGGGCUGCUUCGCUAUUACGAGAACUCGAAUAGCCCGAAAGAAAAAUGGCGGAAGCAACACACAGGUCCCGUUUGUUUUUCCGAGCUCCGCCCUCUUCUUAUUGCCGCUGUCAUCCGUCGGAAAUGCCUCUAAAUAGAGGCGCGUAUCAUGUCACCAUUUAGGCAAAAAGUUGUGAAGGUGAAAAAAAAAAGUAGCGAAAUAGAAAUGUGGUGGAGGAAGGUCUUUCUCCGCUGCGACCCGAAAUAGUAAGGCAUGUGGGCUCAUACAUUGACUGUUCAAGAUUAUCAAGAUCUUAUAGACAGAGGAUGGCGAAGGAGUGGAAAAUAUGUCUACAAGCCCACUAUGGACCAAACAUGCUGUCCUCAGUAUACAAUAAGAUGCCAGGCAUUACAUUUCCAGCCUUCCAGAUCUCAUAAGAAGGUUUUAAAGAAGAUGCUGAAAUUCUUAACAAAAGGGGAACUUUCCAAAACAGAUAAUGAUGUGGAGCCCAUGGAUUCCCACACCAAAGAUGCUGCUGGCUGCAGUUUUUUGUUAAGAAGUGAACCGGACGUCAGCCAUUCUGAACUAGAACUACUCAGUGCUGAUCAUAUGGAGAAGGUGGAGAGUGAAGAAGAAACAGGACAGAAGAAUGUGAAUAAAGUGGACUCUGCACAUGAUGAACCAUGUAAAGAGAAAGCCAGUGCUAAUCCUGGCAAAGCAUUGCAGUCAGCUAAAGUUGGUAAUUCAAGUCUCAAACCAGGCAAAGGAGCAGACCUGAGUAAACCACCUUGCCGUAAAGCCAAGGAAAUACGAAAGGAACACAAAUUGCAGAGGUGUCUUAAGAACCAGACGCAGAACCCUGCACUUCAAGCAGCAGCUCAGACUUUACUCACUCAGAAUGCUAAAACAAAUCAACCCAAAUCGAUUGAAGACUUCAUUUUUGUCACCUUACUUCCAGAAGCUCUGCACAGAUUAGAGGUGAGGUUAGUGCCAGUGUCUUUUGAGGAUCCACAGUUUAAAUCAUCUUUCACCCAGUCUGCCUCUUUAUUUGCCAAGUAUCAGAUGGCCAUACAUAAGGACUCUCCUUUUGAAUGUAACGAGGACCAGUUCACACGGUUUCUCUGUGACUCUCCACUUGAGGCAGAAAAUCUUCCAAACAGUCCAGAAUGUGGUUAUGGUUCUUUCCAUCAGCAGUAUUGGCUUGAUGGAAAAAUAAUUGCUGUGGGUGUAAUUGACAUCCUUCCAAAGUGUGUAUCUUCAGUGUAUCUCUACUAUGACCCUGAUUAUUCAUCUCUGUCUUUAGGAGUUUACUCUGCACUAAGGGAAAUUGCUUUUACUCGACAACUUCAUGAAAAGGCCCCUGACCUAAGCUAUUACUACAUGGGAUUUUAUAUUCAUUCGUGCCCUAAAAUGAGAUACAAGGGCCAGUACAGACCUUCUGAGUUGCUUUGUCCAGAGACAUAUGUCUGGGUACCCAUUGAGCAGUGCCUGCCUUCCCUGGAGCAUUCAAAAUAUUCUCGCUUUAAUCAGGACUUAAAUGCAGAUGAUGAAGGGAAUGUGAAGGAACUAGACAGAGUUUGGAUUCUCCAUAAAAGAACAGCCAUGCGUUAUAGCAUGUAUAAGAGAAGGCAAAAGGGGCCAAGUGAUGAAGAAAGUGUUCGCCAAUAUGCAACUCUGGUGGGACAGACAUGUUCAGAGCGGAUGUUGCUUUUUAGAAGCUGAAGUGUUUGUUGUGUGAGUGUUCUUUGAAAUAUAUACUAUUGCACUACUGCUGGUUUGUAUGGUUCUGCAGUUUGAUGUUGAUAUGCCUAUUGAAGAUAAGAUAAAGACAUGUUAAGUAUUUCUUUGUGCUUACAGGAAAUUAAUACUUUGGCAUAUCUUGAAAGGAAAUACCAUUUUGUCAAGUUAUAUCAAGGGUCUGGCAGAAUAUAAUAAUCUUUUGUUGUAUUUCAUAAUCCUAAUCUCCUCUUUGCUUUCUGAGAAGUGUGCAUCAUUUGAAGUGCUAAGUAAUGGGAACAUAUUUUUCUCUAGUUUUUGUAGAUACCUGAAUGGAAGAAUAUUUAAAGUCACUCGGGUGCUGAAACAUAUGAAAGCUGUGUGAAAUAUAUGUAAUUCCACUAAUUUAAUAGCAUCUUUCACUGUUGUAGGAGGAUAAGACACAAGUGGCAUGUUAAUAUUCAAGGUCCCAGUUAAACUAGGGUGCUUGGAUUUAAGACUGUGCUUGUUCUGUUGAAUUCAAUAGCAAAACCAGAUUCUUUCAGAUUGUGGACCUGGCUUAUGGAAUCUAUGCACUGUAGAAUUUUAGACACUGACUGCAAAAAUAAUUUGCUUUAAAUAUGUUCUAUAUUAGUCUCAAAAUACUGAGGAACUUGGAGAUUUUUGUAAUUAAAUUGAUACUUGGGGAAAUUGAAGCCAAGGAUAGGUUUAUGGUCAAAUUACCAAAGAGAUUACUUUAAAUAAGGGUUAAGGUUAAAUAAGAGCAGCAGAAUGAAUAACAGCUUGAUAUAUAUCCCGUUUUUGUGGUGGUGGUUUUGUAUUUUUUAUGCCUAUUUGUUCCCAUUGAAAAUUGUAGAACUCAUUUUCCAGCCAGAAAAAGGGCAACAAGUUUGACAGUACAAAAUACUGUUUAAAGCAACAGCAGCAAACAAUCAAGCAAACAAAACGCAGUUGUAGCAGUAGAAUGCAACUAUAGCUACUAUUGCUGUUUGAGCUGGAUGUCCAGAACUAUACAUUCGUUUCUGAUAUUGCAAUCAUAAAAUAAACAGAUUUAUCUUUAAAAGAAUUGAUAAAUAAUCUUGUUAUAAAACAGUUUUCAUAGUUUUGUCCAUGUUUGCCCAGAAAAGGCCACAGUAAUGCAUUUGAAAUUUACCUACAUUGCGGGAUGAAACAAAAUACUGCCUUGAGUUUGCUUGGAAACAUGACCCUGAGUCAGAGAUUCUUGUGCAUAGUAUAGUGUGAGUUAUAUUCAUGCUUUUUGCAAGGAGAACUAGCUUUAUGAAAAAUAUUGUUAGAAUGGUCCAUAAGCAUACAAUUGGUACCUCAUUUGGAACUGCUUAUUAAACCCAAAAUAAAUCACACUCUUCUGAAGUCCA